UAGCGAGGGGACCGCCUCGGAGCGAGAGAGGGAAAAACUUUUCCUCCUUUGUUUUUUCUGAAGUGCCAUUUAGAGAGGAUAGGGGAGGUGUGUGAAGGGAGGGUCGUUAAGAUUUUCCAGAGAAGUGGACGUUUUGGUUUUUUUUUGGUGUGGAGUCACAGACGGGGACUUCAACGGUUAAUUUAGUGAACGCGACGAAGUUGUGUGCCUGGCUGAGGCACCCGCGGAGAAUGGAAACUAGCUAACCCUCCUCACAGCUGUGGCCGGGGCUAACUUCGCGUUUUAAACAGAUUUGCAUGAGCCAGGGGCAGGAACAAAACCAUGCUGCUGGUGUCGGUUUAGUUCAGCCUGUGAGUUUGAAAAGGAGCCUAGGGAAAAGUUGGGAGAAAACCGGUUUUCCUUGGUACCCUACCUCCGCUUUGUGCUCGUGAAUGGUGGGCUGUUUUUCCUGUUUGACAGGGCCGAUUGUCAAGGAGAAGUUAACGAUACAACUGCCGAACGCACGGGCUCAUCGUCGCCGAACCCGCUCAGAUGGACCUGAGAUAACGCCAGCAGAAGUUCUACCCUUGUGUCCUGAACUUCAGCCUCCCACGUUGACCCAGAAUGGCAGAUCCCACCGGGCUGAGCUCUGAAGGGGCUGGGGCGGGCGUGGCCGAGGUCGACGCCUGCAGUUUGGAGAUAGAGAGGAAAUAUGAUGUCAUCCCAGCCGUCAUCUGCUCCAUGUGUUGCCUGUUUGGAAUCAUCUACUGCUUCUUUGGUUACCGCUGCUUCAAGGCUGUCAUGUUCCUGUCUGGUCUGAUGUUUGGCUCCGUCAUCAUCUUCUUGCUGUGCCACAAAGAGCACGUGCUGGACACUCAGCUGAGCGUGGAGGCCAGCGCAGGCAUCGGCCUCGGUAUAGGCCUGCUGUGUGGCCUGGUCACCAUGCUGGUGCGAAGCGUUGGCCUCUUCAUGACCGGCCUGCUGCUGGGCCUCCUCCUGGCCCUCGCCGCCCUGCUGGUCACUCACCAGUUCUACACUCCCACCACAGUCUGGGUCCCUCUGGGUGCACUUCUGGGAACGGGCAUGCUGUUUGCCGUGCUGACCCUACAGUGGCAAAAGCUCUUUACGAUGCUCUCCACAGCUGUGUUUGGGGCAGCUAUCAUGACAGUGUGCGCUGAUUACUUCGUGGAGAUGCUGGCUUUGGCCACGCAUGUGUAUGAAUGCUUGCGCCUCACACCGGGGCCUCCUCUCUGCUGGUACAGCUGGGUCAUUCUGGGCAUCUGGCCUGCCCUUAGCCUCAUAGGAGUACUGGUCCAGUGGAAACUGACGGAUGACAGCUUCUCACACACUGAGGUCGUACUCAGUCGGAGACAGAAGAGAGUCCAGCUGAUGCGGAUUCGAGAGAAGGACGCCAAGAAGCGACAGCAGGCAGGUGGGCAGGAAGGCACGUACCGCCGUAAACCAACCCCAGUGAAACGUUACGCUGGGGAUCUACUGGCACCGAGCUACCUGCAAAGUCUGCGGGACAGACAGAUGGGCACAGGCACUUCCCUUAGCAGCCUGGGCACCGCCAACCACACCAUGAUCGAUUUGGACUACGACACCGGGUCCACCGCGCCCCUGACAGCUACAACCCCAGUCGUCAGGGUCUGAGUAAAGCAGAGAUGGAGAAGGGACUACUUUGUGCUCUCUGGUUCUCCAUCUGUCUCUUUCUGAUGUAAAGUAGAACCAAUAAACUGCUCCCCUCAGCUAAGGGCUCAUUCUGCCCCUGAACUGGCUGGCAGCAAGGAUGGAUUUCUUCCUGAAGUGUGUCGUCCUGGGUGUUCAGAGAAAGAGAAUGCUGCUUUUUGGGGAGAAGUGGUGUCAAGCUACAACCCUGAUUCCAAGAAGCUGGGACGCUGUGUAAAACGUAAAUAAGAACACAAUGCAAUCAUUUGCAGACAAACUGACAACGGUUAUAUGAAGCGUUCCUGAGCCCAUGUAGUAACA